AGAAGUGUCUUUCUGAAAUGAGCAGGGCCAAAUUUCUGAAAUGAGCCGGGACUCCUUAUCUUUCCCUGGACGGCACAAAUAAUCCACACUCCGCCAGAAAUGGCAGUCCAUCUCAACCGUCCACUUCCCUCUUUCGCCGCCCAAAAGGUUUUCUUCGCGAAAUCCCAAACGUCCAGUAAACUACGCGUCUCCUGCUUCAUUCCGUUCCACUCGGGCAAGUUUAAGAGGGACUACACGAGCGUGAUGAUAGUCCCGACAGGGAUAGGAGCCGCCAUUGGUGGAUUCGCCGGCGACGCUCUGCCCGUGGCCCGCGCGCUCUCCUCCGUCGUCGAUUGCCUCAUCACUCACCCCAAUGUGCUUAACGCAGCAAUGCUCUACUGGCCCAUGCCAAAUGUUUUGUACGUUGAAGGUCAUGCUCUUGACCGCUUUGCCGAGGGAUUAUGGGCCCUUCAGCCUGUACACCAAAAUAGGGUGGGAUUGGUUCUUGAUGCUGGAAUGGAGGAAGAGCUUCAGAUACGCCAUUUACAAGUGGCUGAUGCUGUAAGGGCUUCCCUUGGAUUGCCUAUGGUGGAAUAUAUUGUUACUGACACCCCUUUGGAGGUUGAAAAGUGGGUUGAUCCAAAGAGUGGGCAAUCAAUAGGGAGAAUUAAACACCCUGACUCAUUACUGAGAGCUGUACAGACUUUAGUUAGGCGGUCAGGGGUGAAUGCCAUUGCAGUUGUUGGACGCUUCCCAGAUGAUGAUGUUGAACACACAGAUGACUAUCGGCAAGGAAUGGGAAUAGAUCUAUUGGCAGGAGUGGAGGCAGUUAUAAGUCAUUUGGUGGUGCAGGAAUUCCAAAUUCCUUGUGCACAUGCUCCUGCAUUAUCACCCUUUCCCCUGAGCUUAUCGCUGUGCCCAAAAGCAGCUGCUGAGGAGUUAGGACAUACAUUCUUGCCAUGUGUGCUUGCUGGGCUAAGUAAUGCUCCACAAUACGUGGUCAAGAACAAUGAGUCUUUGGAAAAGGGUUGCAUAUUGGCAAGUGAUGUUGAUAGUGUUGUUCUUCCUAUAGAUGCUUGUGGAGGAGAGGGUGCUCUUGCUUUUGCUAGAAGUAAAAGGAACAAGAUACUUAUUAUUGCUGUGGAGGAAAAUGAAACAGUUCUCAAUGAUACACCAGAUAAAUUUGGGAUUGAAGCGGUCAAGGUCUCAAACUAUUGGGAAGCCAUUGGUGUGAUUGCAGCUCACAAGGCAGGAAUAGACCCACAUUCUCUCAGAAGAAACAGAAUAAACAACAUCCCGUGCACUCCCAAUAUGCCUGCUAAUGGUUAUGCAUUUUCAAAUACCAUGCCGAUCCCCUGAUUAAAGUUGGAAACCUCAUUUAUAUUAAUAAAGUUAUAUUCAAAACAAAGAUUUUAAAAAUUAUUCUUUGACUCGUGGCCCAGUAAGUCUGAGCAUUGUUAUACUUUUUCGUUAAUUUGUGUUAGAAUGAAGGAAACAGAGCAGAAAAAUUAAAAGGUUCAUUAUAGUUUUUCA